UAACCUCAUUGAAUGUCAUUUAUUAAUUCGUUAGGUAAUAGAUUAGUCAUCAUGCUCCUAAUAAUAAAAAAAUAAAUAAAUAAAGUACAUUGUUUCAUUAAUCUGUAUGAAUUGAAACAUGACAAAUAUAUCAUAAGACAUAACUCGAAUAUUAGCAUAUUUCAUUUAAUUAAAUUACAGAGAAAAUAAUAUUUUACAAAUAUGUCUAUAUUGCGAGCUGUAUUAUUUAAGCAUUAUACUAAUUAUUCAAAAUGUUCAAGGGAUUCGUUACUGUUACUCUUAUCGAAACAGAGGAGUUCGCCGUUUAAUAUAGCAAAACGAAAAUUCAGUAGUAGCACUGGAUCCGUAACAAACAACACUAGUAAAUUAAAAACAAUUUUAAAAUUUGGUUCAGGUGGUUUAGGUAGUAUAAUAAUAACAUGCCUGAUAAAGUCUCAUACUUGUGCUGUUGAAGGCAAAACACUUAAAGUUUCGGAAACUAUUAGAAAAGAUAAUAAGGAAUUGACUUUUAAGUGGAAAAAAUUUUUAGAAUAUUUAUAUCCAUAUGUUUGGCAAUUAUUAAUAGCAUUAUCAAGUGCAAUGGUUGUUGCUGUAUUAAAUAUUUGGAUACCACAGCAUAUAGGAAAUGUCAUCAAUGUACUGACAAAAAUUUGCCAAACAAGAGGUGAAAAUAGUUUGAAAACUAUGCUAUUGCAGUUGACAGAGCCUGCAUUCGCAUUGGCACGUAUGUAUGUUGCACAAGCACUUUUUACCUUUGUAUAUAUUUAUACACUUUCACACGUUGGAGAAAGAAUAGCAAUGAAUUUGAGACAAGAUUUGUUUAAAUCGAUUAUAAUGCAAGACAUCACAUUCUUUGAUAAGAAUCGUAGUGGUGAAAUAGUAAGUCGACUAACCAGUGAUAUUCAAGACUUUAAAAGUACCUUUAAAAUAUGCAUAUCGCAAGGCUUAAGAAGUACAACACAAAUUAUUGGCUGUGUAGUUUCUGUAAUAGGGAUUUCACCACAACUGACAGCAGCUACAGUAUUGUCUUUGCCAACUAUAAUUCUUAUUGGCACGUUGCUUGGAAGAGGCUUAAGAAAAUUAUCUAUAGAGGCACAGAAUCAACUUGCUAAGUCUACAGAUGUUUGUGAAGAAGCUAUACAGAACAUUAGAACGGUGAAAGCAUUUGCAGCUGAAGAAAAAGAGAUAGAUAUGUUUUGUAAAGAAACUGCGUUAGGAGCUACGUUAUAUGAAAAAUUGGGUUUGGGAAUUGGUUUGUUCCAAGGGGGAACAAAUCUAUUUCUUAAUGGUAUUUUACUUAGUACCUUAUAUUUUGGUGGACAUUUAUUGUCUACUGGACAAUUAUCUCCCGGAGAAUUAAUGGCAUUUUUAAUGGCUACUCAAACCAUACAAAAAUCUUUAUCUCAGUUAUCUCUAUUAUUUGGAUCAUAUGUUAGAGGUAUUAGUGCUGGCGCUAGAGUUUUUGAGUACUUAGAGAUGCCACCAUCAAAUCAGAUGGUUAGUGGGCAAGUUAUUACAGACCAGUCUCUUGCAGGAAAUAUUACGUUUAAAAAUGUGAAAUUUAGUUAUCCUACUCGUCCAGACCACGUUAUUUUAAAGAAUUUUAACUUACACAUUCCUGCUGGGAAAACAGUAGCUAUCGUUGGUUCCAGCGGUAAUGGAAAAUCAACAAUAGCUGCUUUGUUGGAAAGAUUUUAUGACGUCAAUGAUGGCUCAAUUACAAUUGAUGGUAAAGAUUUAAAAUCACUCAAUGCUGGUUACCUUCGGGGUAACGUCUUAGGAUAUAUAAAUCAAGAACCUAUUUUAUUUGCUACUAGUAUUAUGGAGAAUAUACGAUAUGGAAAACCGGAUGCUAUGAAUGAAGAUGUCAUUGAAGCUGCGAAAGAAGCAAAUGCUCAUGAAUUUAUUAUGAAUUUCCCAAAUAAGUACAAUACGCAAGUAGGUGAAAGAGGGGCACAACUUUCUGGUGGACAAAAACAACGUGUUGCAAUUGCAAGGGCUUUAUUAAAAAGACCCUCUAUUUUAAUUUUGGAUGAAGCUACAAGCGCGUUAGAUUAUGAAAGUGAAAGAAUUGUACAGAAAGCGUUAGAUAAUGUCACUCAAGGUAGAACAGUCGUGGUAAUCGCUCAUAGAUUAAGCACGAUUAAAAAUGCUGACAUUAUCGUUGUAUUGCAGCGAGGAGUAAUCGCAGAAAUGGGUACACAUACAGAAUUAAUUAAAAAGAAAGGUUUAUAUUACACUUUAGUGAACGAACAAGAAAAAGAAAAUGCAUAAUGUUAAUAGAAUUUUAAUUAGUUAAAUUAUAGUACAAUUUUUGGAAUAAAUAUUUAUUUUAAAAUAAUAGGGACAAUAUUUAAUAUUGAAUAUUCUAUAAACUAC